AUGCACCAAAGCUUCGCAAUUCUUUUGCUUGAAAAUGUUUCUCAGUUAAUCAUCAAUGAAUACUCCAUGAGGCUGGUCCGAGAGGAGCAAGAUAUAAUGAAUAAACAUGCAUAUGGUGGGAGUUCACAGGUGGUUGCGACAACAUAUCCAAAAGUUAUAAUGCCAGAAAAUUUUCCACCAAUGGAGCUUUGCUGUCUAACAUUGGAAGACAUCAAUGCAAAACAACUGUGGGAGGGUUACAAGUCUCUACCAAACUUGAGAAUGAUCAAACUGAAGAACCUGAAGAACCUUAUGAAGACACCAGAUUUUAAGGGGCUUCUGAACCUUGAAAUAUUCAUGGUUUAUGAAGCUCUGUCUUUAAAGGAGAUUCAUCCAUCAUUUGCACAUUUGGAAAAGCUUGUUUAUGUAACAAUAGAAGGUUGUUACACUCUUGAUAUGGUUCCACCCAUUAAAAGUUCGAAGCAACUCGAGACUCUUUCACUCUCAGGAUGCAAUAUUCUACCUCAAAACAUGAACAUUGGACCCUGUUUAGAGAUAUGGUUUUUUAGUGGAUGCUUGAGAAAGCUGGAUCUCAGUCUGUGCAGUUUGGAAGAUGGAGACAUCAUAUCUACUGAUAUUUGGGACAUACCCAACUUGCAAGUACUCGAUCUUGAAGAAAACAACUUUUCACGAUUGAAUUUUGGUCUCUUCCGACUUCCUCGGCUCAAAUGGCUUAAUGUGUCAUGCUGCGAAGAACUUGUAGAAUUGUCAGGGCUGCCAUCAAGUAUAUCUGUUGUUAUAGCAGAUUAUUGUAGCUCACUUGAAAGCUUUGGAGACAUUUCAAACUGUAAAUGGUUGUGGAAAGUCUCACUUCUGGGAGACAACCAACUUGGUCCACUUGGUGGUGACAUUUUACUAAAAGCCAUGCUCCAGGGAAACGCCAAAGAUUACUUUAUCAGUAUUAAGAUUUUAGGCAUUGACAUUUGGAGGGGGCGCUCUGGAGUUUGGGUUGACUGGCUGGAGCCUUAUAAUAUGCCGCUUCCACAUGAUUGGUACAAUGACUUUUCUGGGAUUUUGAUGUUCGUCAGAUCUAGGGACCUUGAUCCAGAAAUUAAUAUAAGUAUGAAGCGGGUGUUAGACAAAGAUUUUCAAUCUCUGCAUCUGAAGGUGUCUAAUGAAACAGGAAUCGAGACUUGUUAUCAUGAUACAAUAUAUUUGGGAUAUUUUUCCUUUAGAUCGUUGAGGCAUACUGGAUGCUUGAAUUCAACAUACAAUAUCAUUUCAUUUUCCUUAGGCGAUGAGGGUUUGUAUGGAGAUUGGUAUGCAUUUAGAGCUGUACUAGUUCCUAAAGAUGAUGUGAUGCAAACAAGAAAAGACCCAACAGAUUGCUCAGGAUUUUGGGAUGAGGAAUUCAAUUAUGGAAAGACAUUUACAUUACAACAUGAUUCAAACUCCUCUAUCGAGAUUGUAUGGAAACCUGUGAGUUGGUAGACAUAUUCCCAAACGUGACUACCCACGAUUUCGUUUUCAUGCAAUGAGGAUUUUUAUGGAGAUGUGCACAGGUUUAGAGUUGUACUUGUUCCUGAAGAUGAUCGGAUGCAAACACCAAAAGUCCCGACAGAUUCCUCAGAAUUUUGGGAUGGGGGGUUUGAUUACAGAAAGACAUUUAUCAUACAACAUGAUUUGAAUUCCUCUAUCAAGAUUUUAUGGAAAUGUCGGCUUUGAUAGACAAAUUCCCAGAGGUCGUUCGACUACCUACCAUUUCCCCCCUCCACAUAACCUUUUGGGUCACCAUUAAAUGAUCUGUGGUACCAAUUUUACUUUCAUGAAUUGGUUGAUGUCAAGUUGUCAACCAAAGUUUAUGCUGAG